AUGGACAGGAUUGAGAAGUUAAUCAUUGACACUCGGACAGUUGAAAAAGAUGGUACUAAGUACGAAUAUAUCAUUUUAAAGAAAACACUACACCCAAAAGAUGAACAAACAGAACCUCUUAUUGAAAAAAUUAAAAUGAAUAACGAUAAUACAAAACAAGUAAAAGAGUCAAAGAAGAUAACUGAAACUCCAAAACCUAAAAUUAUAAAAAAAGAAAGAAGAAGUAAAACCCAAAAGAAAAAGAAGGAAAGAAAUGAGAAUGAAGAAGAAAGUUCUACUCAAAUUCAAAAAGUAUUAACAAAAUAUGUUCCAGGAUCAUCGGUUGUUUCAUUACAAAAAACAUUUAAAUAUUUUGUACCAUCAAAAGAAUUAUUCUUUAAACAUUAUCCAGAACAACCUAUGUACCUUGUUAAAUGGCAAAAUUUUUCAAUUGUAGAAUCUACUUGGAUUCUUGAAUCAGAAGCAACUAAAAAAAUUGAUAAACGUGGACUUAUUGAAAAAUUUAAUAAGAGGUGGACUUUACCACAAAUAGGUUCUGCAGCAAAAACAGAACAUAUUUUAAAAGAAGUAUUUCCAUUAACAGAAGAAUCAGUACCAGCUAACGAUUUAGUACCAGAAAAAAUUAUAUUAGAACUACCUCAAAAAGAUGAAAAUGGAUUACCAAUUCUUAUGUAUAGAGUUAAAUGGUUAGGAAAAGAGUUAUUUCUUAGUGAUGAAUUAAGUUCAUUUUUUGACAAAGAGAGAAACAAAAGUUUACUUCAAAGAUGGAAAUUUGAAAGAGGACCAUUUCCAUUAGAAUUAAAUGAAUACCAACAACAAACUAUUGAUGAAAUAAAAAAAGGAAUAGAUGAUAAUAAUGAUAUUAUUAUUUCAGGUGGAUUUGGUAAAAGAACAAGUGUAUUAGCAUUUAUAUCAGAACAAAUUUGUCAGUCAGAGAAUGGGGCAUCAUGCCUUAUUAUGUGUACAGAAAAGAGAAUGGACUAUUAUAAAAAUCAAUUACCAUAUUUAUUUCCUGGUGUUCCAUUAACAUUUAUUGAUCAUUUCCCACGUGACGAAAAUGUAAAAUCAGUAAUUGAUAUGGAACUAUAUGAUGAAAAUGGUAAUAUCAAACCACAAAUUGUUGUUUUUUCAUGCAAAUCAUUCAUAUUUAAAAAAACUUCGAAUUUCAAAUAUGGAAUAAUUGAUAUCCAAGAACCAAAUCAUAUUACAAUUAAAAGUACUAGAAUUAGUUUAUGUAAUCAUAUUAUUGGAAUAACUGAUGAUGAAAAAGUUUAUAAUAAAAUGAAAUUUUUAAUGAAAAUUAAAGGAAAAGGAGAAAUUAGGAUAAUUGAAAUACCACAAUACGAAGAACCAAAAGUUAGUAGUAUUUUUAUUUUAAUAAAAAUGCAACAAAAACAAACUGCUGCAUACCUUCAAACAGAAGAAGAAGUUAAAGGGUGUGAAGAUGUUUCAAUAGAGGAUAUGAGAAGAGUAUUAUUAUUUCCAAGUAUAUCAUCUUAUUCUAUUGGUAUUAAAGGAGUUAAAAUGACUCAUGUACAAAAGAUAGUUAAUUUCCUCAUUGAGGUAAAGAAAAAAGUAGCAAUAUUAAGUCCAAUUCCUCAAUUACUUGAAGCUUUAAAACCAUUAAUUAAAUGUGAGUUGAUUGGAUGGGAUAAUGAAAUAAGUCAAAGUAAACGUAUGUGUGAAGAAUUUAAUAAAAAUGAAUCUACUAAAAUAUUAGUUGAUACAAAUUGUAAUUCUCAAGGGGUUGAUCUUUCUGGAUCAGAUUAUAUUGUUUUAUUAGACAGCGAUUAUACAGAAGAUAAAAUUGAAGAGAUUAAACAAAAAAUGAGAGUUGGAACAAAAAAAAGUAUUAAAGUAUUAUAUUUUGUUAUUACGAAUACUAUAGAUGAAACUAUUGCAGUUGCUUCAAGAACUUCAUCAAUUAUAGCUAAAGAACAAUACUUUUCAAUAUUAACUACAACAAUGAUAACUGUAGAUCAAUUAAUUAAUGAAAUUAUUUCAACAACAGAAAAAACAAAAGUAAUUAAAUUAGGAACUGAAGAAGAAAUUAAAGAAUUUAAUGAAGCAAAAGAAAAAGAAAUGAAAAGAAUAGAAGAAAAGAAAAAUAAAGAAAAUAAAACUAAGAAGAUUGAAAGAAAAAAAAGAAAAAUUGAUGACGUUGAUAUAAAAGAUACAUAUAAAGAAGAAAGAAAAAGAAGAAUUGAAACAUUUUUAAAUGAAGUAAGACUAAAAAAAAUAAAUGAAUUAAAAGAAGAAAAUGUUUCAUUUAUAUUAGAUGAAGAAACAAAACAAUUAAUGAAAAAAAUACAAGAAAAAUUAAAAGAAAAAUUUGAUGAAAAUGAAACAAAUAAAAUAAGUAAAACAAUUAUAUGUUAUUUACUUAGAUUUGGAACAAAAAUUGAUGAAGAGAAUAUGAUAUUAUUUAAUAAAUAUCCUAUAGAUGUUGAGUUAUAUUCUGAACAAAUAAUAAAAGAAUUAACAAUGAAUGAUAUUAGUGAAAAAAUUAAAACAAAUGACUUGGCUUAUAGAAGAAUUUUUGAAACAGUUAGUAAUAUGCAAAAUAAAAUGGAAGAAAUUUAUGAGGAUGAUAAACAAAAUCCAUGGAAUAGUACCUGUGAUUUAGUAUUAUUAGAAGAAAUUAAAAGAAUUGGAUUAGAGUGUCCUAAAAUAUGGAUUAAAAAUCCUUUUCUUCAAAUUAGUAUGAUAAAAUUUGGAAUAAAAACAGAACAAGAACAAAUAACUUUUGUUGAAUCAAGAUAUAAAUCAUUAAUUGGUUUAAUUGAAAAGAAAAUCUCAAUGGAUAAUGAAAAUAAUGAAGAAUAUCAAGAAAAACGUGAUAUAAAAGAAUCUCAGAAUAAUAGCACUAUUGAACAAUCAACUCCUUUUAAUAAUAAGUCUGAAUCUUAUCAAAUACAAAAGAAAAUAGAAGAAGAUGAAGUUGAAAUAAUUUCAAUGUCAAAUAAUCAAAUACCUUCAAACGAUAAAGAAUUAACAACCCAAGAAAAAAAUAAUUAA